CCUCAUGACGUCACCAUUUCUCGUUGAACGCCGAGCCAAAACAAAUUCGCUUCGAAUGUGUUCUAAAAGCAAUCUAGAAUCCUUCGAAUUUUCCUAGAUUUUGCCAUAUUUGCAUUGCAUUUGACGAAGUUAAAUUCAACAAUGGAGGUUGAUUGCGAUGUGGAUCAAGAUCUCAUGGCAAAGUUUAGCAGUCUAGGUACCACGGAUCGUGAAGUCCUUAUCAUGGAGCUACAAAAACUGCUGGAUUUUCAACUCAACCAGUCGGGCUGUGCAUUUUUUCUAGAUAUGGCCAACUGGAAUUUGCAGGCUGCUAUUGGUGCAUUCUAUGACUUCAACUGUUCCAAUGACAAACUUCCAAGCAUGUCAUUUGUUCGAGAUGUCACCAUUGGUGAAGGGGAGUCAGUCCCUCCUAAUACAGCCUUCGUAAAGACAUGGAGGUUACAGAAUACUGGUACUGAGAAGUGGCCAAAUGGUGUUUUUCUAAAGUUCACUGGGGGUGAUCAGCUUGGUCCUGUUAGCUCUGUCACAGUCCAGCCUCUUGAUCCGGGAGAGUGUGUGGAUGUUAGUGUGAACAUGUUUGCGCCUGACCGAACAGGGAUGUUUCAGGGUCAGUGGAGAAUGUGUACUCCAACAGGAUCAAGCUACUUUGGAGAUGUUAUUUGGGUAAUACUUAGUGUAGAUGUUGGUGGACUUCUUGGGGUCACUCAACAGCUGUCUCAUCUUGGCGAAGAGUUUGGUUCUCCUGAACGUGCUCCUCAAGCCACCCAGGCAAAUCCUUUCUCUCCAACUACCCCAGUAGGACACUCUCCACAAGUCAACUUCACCGUCCCACACAACAGCCCCUGCAGUAUACAGGGAUCCCCUUUUAGAAGAUCUUUAUUUGAUAGUACACCAAUUAAUCAAGACAACUCGUUAAUUACACCAUCCACGAUGUUAUGCAGUAAAGACGACGAGCUCUUAGCUACUCAGCUUGACAGUACGUCCAUAUCAAAUCCGCACGGAGACUGCAGUCAAUCCUGACAAUUCCACCAACGCCACAGACAUUAAAAUAUAUGUAGAUAUUUGAUUAUCUCGAAGGCUGAUUAAGAAUCCAGAGAGAUAAACUUAGAGAGUCGUAGAUAUUUGCUAGACAAUGGAUGAGAUCAAAUCUUGAUGGGAUUUUUACCAUCACAAGGGAGUGAUUGGACGAGACAUUUUUUAGACCACAGGAAGACAGGUAAUAGUCACUAGACUAUUCAUUUGAAGAAUAGCUUCUCACAUCACGACCAGAAGAGAUCUACAGAGCAAAAUUCCUAAGUGCCUUCAACACUUGUAUGGGAUUUUUGUCGAAGUACAGAAAAGAAGGUGUACCCAAAAGCAUGUAUGUGAAAUUAAUUAUUUGGACUUCAGAUUAUACAACACGGCAAUAAAAUAACUUUGGGAACCA